AUGGCCAAACUCUCGGACUUCGGAUUGGUGAGGUCUGGUCCUCCUGAGGACAAGUCACAUGUUUCAACACAGUUUGUGGGUACCUCUGGUUAUGCUGCCCCUGAAUACAGAGCAACUGGGCGUCUCAGUGUAAAGAGUGAUGUUUACAGUUUCGGCAUCGUGUUACUUGAGAUACUAACAGGCGUAAGGGCGUGUGAUCCGAGGCAUCCAUCAGGCAUGGCUACUUUGGUGGAGUGGGCCAUGCCACACUUAUACAGUAAAAAAAACUUGAGGACUAUAAUGGACUCUAGAUUGGGGGGUGAAUAUCAUGCAGAAUCUGCACUCCGAAUAGCACAACUAGCUUCAAUAUGCCUUGAACAGGAACGUAAGCAGCGGCCUUCCAUGUCUAAAGUUGUGGAAGAACUGGAAUCAAUAGAAGCUGCCAGUGCUAAUAGAAUACUUCGGAAUGCUUGAAUUUAUUUGUUAUGUUGUUUGUACUUCAUGUGAUGGGAUCAAAGUCUGUUGCUUCCCAGGAUUAAUCUUAGGCUUUCAAUGUUCUUUUCCAUUGUACCCAGUAGUUACUAGGUGUCAUGUUUCCUUGUAAGCU